AUGCUGGCAAGAAGAGCAACGAGAUUGUUUCGUCUGUCCAGCCAGACUCGCCAUGCCCAGGCCUUGAACUUUAGCUCAACAGCGGCGGUCCAAGCUGAUUUCACUCAUGCGGUAAUCGGCGGAGGCGUAGUCGGCCUCGCAAUCGCCCGCCAGCUCUCUCUCCAGCCAGGCUCCUCCACGGUGCUCAUCGAGCGUCACUCCGCCGUCGGCACAGAGACCAGCUCGCGCAACAGCGAGGUCAUCCACGCCGGCAUCUACUACGGCAAGGACAGCCUCAAGGCGAAGCUCUGCAUCCGCGGCAAGCACCUACUGUACGCGCUCUGCGACAAGCACGGCGUCCCCUACAGGAGGACGGGCAAGUGGCUCGUCGCGCAGAACCACGCGCAGAGGGAGGCCCUGGAGAGGAUCCAUGCGCUCUGCACACAGGAGCUUGGCGUCCCCGUGAGGUGGGUGUCUGGCAAGGAGGUUGAUGAGCGCGGCGAGGGCGUGCUGGCUGCGGCUGGUGCCCUGGAGAGCCUGACGACGGGCAUCGUCGACUCCCACAGCCUGAUGCUCUGCUUGCAGGGCCUCUUCGAGGAAGCCAGCGGCGUGGUAGCCCUGAGCUCCCCCGUCGUGGGCAUCCGCCCGCUCUCCUCGGGAGGACCCUCCUCCUCCUCCUCCUCGUCGCCCCCCGGCAGCGCGGGCUGGGAAAUCGACGUCUCGGACGGGCCCGGCGGCGAUAUCUCCACCAUGACGGCCGAGACCGUGGUCAACGCCGCCGGCCUCGGCUCCGUCGCCGUCCACAACAUGAUUGUGCCGCCCGCGCAGCGCAAGCAGCUCUUCUACGCAAAGGGCAACUACUUCUCCUACUCGGCCUCGCGGCCCAAAAUCUCCCGCCUCAUAUACCCGGCCCCCGAGCCCGGCGCCAGUGGCCUCGGCACCCAUCUCACCCUCGACCUGGCUGGACGGAUCCGCUUCGGGCCGGACGUCGAGUGGGUGGACGACCCCAACGAUCUCACCGUCAACGCCUCACGGCUGCAGCAGGCCGUUGCCGAAAUCCAAAAGUAUCUCCCGGGAGUAGAUACCAGCGCCCUGGUGCCCGACUACGCCGGCAUGCGACCCAAGCUGGCCUCCAAGGGCGCGGCGUCGGCAACAGACAAGGGCUUCGAGGACUUUAUCGUCAGGAAGGAACAAGGAUACGAAGGCUGGGUCAAUCUGCUGGGCAUCGAAAGCCCUGGACUGACAAGCAGCCUUGCCAUUGCCGAAAUGGUGGGCCGGCUUCUAUACGGCCAGGCAAACUCAUAG